UAACGGGCCAGUAUCGAUACGUACCCGUCGUCGCGAUUUGGCCGUGACGGUGUCUCGUCGUCGUGAAAACCACCAAGGAGUGGGAAAGGAAGGAAAAUUUGGGAAUUUUUGACCGGCGAUUCUUUUCGGUGUCCUCGGUCGAGCCGUAAUCGUGAGAAUGCCUGUACCGCCUUGAGACGAGACCGCGCAACGCGUUACCGUAUCAGGCAUGGCCGGCUUCACGGAGUCGGUACUGCAGAAGAAGCUCGACGACCUCAACGAGACGCAGCAGUCUAUACAGACCCUGUCCCUAUGGCUUAUACACCACCGUAAACACUACCAGCUGGUCGUAAAGACAUGGUCAAAGGAAAUGGCAAAAGGAAAUGAGCUCAGAAAGCUCACUUUGAUGUAUCUAGCCAACGAUGUGAUUCAAAACAGCAAGAAGAAAGGCCCAGAAUACACGAAGGAGUUUAUUCCUGUGCUCAGGAAGGCUUUCAGGAUAAUAAGCAACACUAAGUGCACCGAGCGGACCCUUCAGAAGCUUGAUCGGAUACUUCACAUCUGGGAUGAGAGGAAUGUUUAUGAUUCAAAGCAGGUCGAGGAGUUCAAAAGGAUAUUUCACAAACAAGAUAUUACUGAGCCGGCGGCCAAGAAGCUGAGAGUUGCUCCAACCAUUCAAGAAAAGCCAGAGCGGAAAAAGGAGACGAACAAGGAUUACCGAGUUACCUUGUCUCCGGUCGCCCCUUUGAACGAUCCGCCGGAAGUCGAAGAAUUAGUUAAAGCUCUCAUGGAUUUGGAAAAUGCAGCUUCAGUCGAUGUCGCUGUGAGAGAGAAAAUAGCAAAAUUGCCACCUGAGGUUUCAGAAGUAAAGCUUUUAUCAAAAUUGGAAGAUAAGGAGGCUGCGCUUAAGCUUGCAGAACAGGUUAAUGCAGCCCUAGAUCUUCUGAAUGAUUACAAUGCUCGUUUACUACAAGAGAUGGAUGAGAGAAGGCGUGUGAGUCAGAUGUUAAGAGAUUAUACACUGUCGCAGAAGCAAUUGCUGCAACAGGCUGAAGCAAGGCUCGAGGAGUACAAGGAGAAGUUGAUAAAAGUGGAACAGGUCCGGCAUGAAGUCCUAUCACACCUGACAAACCUGCCGGACAUGAUGAAGCUGCCGGAUGUGACUUCAGGCCUCGCGCCCCUGCCCUCGGCCGGCGAUCUGUUUACCUAGCAGAAGGGGAAGUAGCACACCGCUGUUCUCCUGCCACACCAGGAGACCCGUGCCGUCCGGAAGUUUUAGUUGUCGCUCUUGCCCCCAGAGCGGUUUCACUGACUUUGAAAAGUGAAGCAGUUGUACAUUUCAUGUUGUAGCGAAAUUUGGCUUAGUGAUUUAUAAAUAAUACCAAAUACAGCAAUAAGGCUUUUGGUCAUUUUUUUUUUUUACUUAUUUUGUAGAAAUAAACUGUAUUGUUAUUCUACAGUUAUUGAAAUUUUAAAAGGGAUUAAUUUAUAUUUAAAAUUUGUACUUACAAUGUGUAUGUUAUAGAAUUAUAAAUGGCGCAACACUUAAAAUUGUUUGCUCAUUCUUCUAUAUACAUACGUGUUUAUAUAAAUGUAUAAGAACAUUAAACACAAGAUUAUCAAUGAUAGUGUGACAUAAUAACUACCUUUUGAAAAAUAGUUUUAUUUUGAACGAAAUUUUGUUAAAAAAGUAAAAGCUCUAGAAUGAACUGGAAAUCUUGUUGACAAGGAGUUGAAAUUGUACAAAAUUCUACAAUGUAUUUGUAAUAAAUUGAAAUGUAGAUAAA